CUUUCAAAGAUCUCCCAGCGCCUACGGUGGAACAAUCUUCGGGCUAAAGAGUAACAGUUGUUUCAGCUUUGACCCGCCCUCUCGUGUUUCCUAUUGGUCGCUGGACGAAGUGUUUCACUGAAUUGUUUCACUGGUGUCUCACCGGAUUGGCCACAGGCCUUUCCCGAUUGGCCAGAGGCAUCACAUGUCUCCUGCAGAGCGACGCUAUUCGUUCUGCGUGCUGUCCCGCCCUCCAGGCCCUUCUAUUGGCCGCCGAAGAAGUGUUUCGCUGAAGUGUUUCAGAAUGGUCUCCGCUGAUUGGCUGCUGUCAAAUAUGGAAAAUCCAGAGUCUCCCGCUUGAGCCCGAGCGAAGAAGCGCAGCAUUUCGUUUCUGACACCCGUCGAGAAGCAUCAACCGGAGCAGAAAAACUAAUAGAAUGGAAGCACGCCCUACUUUCCGCUGUGAGGUGACCGGGGAGCUUACCCUGAGACCCUCACCUGAAGCACUUGCUGUGGAAAAAGAGCAUCUGUCCCACAUUGGGUCAGGUACUCCUUUCCCGGUCCAGGACCCUGCGGCUUUGUGGAAUGAGGCCAAGAGGAGAGUGGUAGCUGGAGGAGGAGAUCCUCGGGACAACCUGCUGGUAUCCAGUAUGUGUGCUGUUCAGUUUGGCCAGUACCGAGGAAAACCCUUCAAGUGGCUCCUGGAAAACGACUUAGGGUAUGCUGUGAUGGUCCUGGCGGGGCACCAAAAGGAGCGGGAGUCUGGUAACUUGAGUGACAAUGUCCUUAUGAAUAAUAAGGAUGUUUUCCUCAAGUAUGCAGGCUCCUUCCCUGAGGUUGCUAAUGCCAUUAAACAACGGAGGCAACAGGACAGCUUGUCUGAGGACUGUCUGGUGGGCUUUGGUACACACAAGCUGUGUACCUACAAAGAGCUCUAUGAGUCCAAAGACAGAGAAAAAAAAAGCUACGUCAAUUGGCUCAGAGGAAAGGAGUGUAGGCCUGGGACCAAGAUGGAUGCCCUCCAGAAGUACAUCCAAAAGAAGGAUGCAGAGAAGGUGUGUGGCCCCUCAUCCUCUCUGGCUUACACUGUGGUUCCAGCACCUACAGGACUUGCUGAUAAAGCAGCCGAGCCCACAGACGAGGAGCUGGUGGCAUGUGUAUCUGAGCUGGAUGUACCAGGUAUGUGUGCUCUUGAUGUAUUUUCAAUUGCUAAAAUGUGUAUUAACCUGUAUUAAACAUGACAUGACAAUUCCCUGACAUAAAUCUGUUUAUUUAUUU